UUUUACGUAAUUAGAUCACCUGAGCUACUGAUUGCUGUCAGGAACGCACGUGGCUCCCGUGACGUCACGCACACGCCAGCGCUGCAGAACCUCGUGGGAUCAGUGGAAAGAGGAUGUUGCUGUCGUUUAGGCCGCUGAUCUCCGUCUCUGUGCUAACUCUUCUGGGCUGGUGCUGGUACAGCUUUAGGAGGAGGAGGAGGACGAAAGCUCCUCUCUGGACUAAAGAGAACGUGUGUUCGGACAGAAGCAGCCCUGUUCACUCCUCCUCUGCUGGCUCCAGUAUUUUGGGGGAAAGUGAUCUGAAGAUGGACCACAGCAACUCUGGAUCCUCUGAAAUCAAAAACCUUACCAGCACCCCUUCCAAAGUAGGCCUCACCAAGGGAGUUCGACCUGAGCCAGAAGGAGAAGUAUCCGUUCGUUUGCCUGAGACUCUUCGAACUGAGCAAGAAAAGGACAACAUUGCUGAUGAAGAUCAUCCAGACUGUGAAGUUAAUGAAGAUGUUUCUGGGCUUGAGUCUGACUCUGGCUUUACCACUGACUCUCACACUUUAACAGAGCAACAGUCAGGUCCUUUCCGCUUGGACAGUCAUGACGACAGCAGCCUGAGCCCUGACGGAGACGUGAACCUGGAGAAGAUCAGUUCUGUUCAGGUCGAGCAGGCUGCAGAGGCAGAAGACUGGGAAAACCAGGAUCCCAGUGAUCCACAUGAGCUAGCUAGCGCUUCAAGACUUUCAAAGGGUGGAUUUCAGUAUGCUACUCCAGAAUCAUUUGGUGGUGAUGACAACCGAAGAGUAUGCCUUCAGGACGCCAGCUCAUUCAGGGAAAAACUACUCAGCCAUUUAGGAGUUUCCGGUGGAGAUGAUUCUGGAUGUUGUUCCUGCUUCUCAGAGGAUGCUUCUGGUGCAGAGGGGCUGACCAGAGAGUUGUUUGAGGAAGGCCAAACAUUUGUGAUGACCUCCACAGAAACAAACGCAGUUAACAUUGAGAGCAAAAUGACGGAAGGAGAGAUGGAGACCUUGAGAGGUGCAGAUGUUAAAUGCUACAUUAGUGCUGACACUCAGAUGAGCAGCUUGGCUCCUCCUCCAACCCCACCCAUCAUUCUCUGGGACAUAGAGGUGCCAGCGCAUCUGGUUGGUCGAUUGAUCGGAAAGCAGGGGAAGUUCAUGAACUUCCUGAAGCAGAGCUCUGGAGCAAAGAUCUAUGUCUCCACCCUGCCAUUCACUCAGGAGAUUCAAAUCUGUCACAUCCAGGGCUCACAGCAGCAGGUGGAUGAUGCUCUCUCACUCAUCAGGAAGAAGUUUAAAGAUCUGGAUCUGACUAAUUGUGUUCCUCUGCCCUGUUUGCCCAUCACAUCCUGGCUGCUGCUGCCACAAGAUGUGUUUGUGGAGGUGAUUGUCUCGCGGGUGGAGGCGGGUCAUCAUCUGUUUGUUCAACAGCACAAGCAUCCAUCUUAUCAGGCCCUUCCUACCCUUAUUCAGCACCUGCAGCUCUGCUACUCUCAGCCGGGAUGUCCCAGCCUGCCCACCCCUGUAGAAGUGGGGGUAGUCUGUGCUGCUCCGGUAACAGGAAGUGGCUGGCGGAGAGCCCAGGUCAUCCAGUAUGACAGAGAGUCUGGCAUGGCUCAUAUCAGAUAUGUAGAUAUUGGAGGUUAUGACACCGUGAACAGCACCACCCUCAGGCAGAUCAGGUCAGACUUCGUAACAUUGCCAUUCCAGGCAGCGGAGGUUCUGCUGGACAAUAUUACUCCUUUGCCAGGAGAAGAGGAAUUUUCCCUAGAGGCCAAAGAAGCUCUGGAGGAAUUAACUGCAAAUAUGCCCUUAAUCAUCAAGGUGACAGGCAAUCAAGACGGCCUUCCUCUGGUGCACAUGUGGAAACAGACAGGAGACGAGGUGGUUUUGGUGAACAGGUUACUGGCAGAAAAUGGAUUCUGCACCUGGUUUGAGACGCAGUGAUCACAGUCACAGCUUUUCACUUAUCCACUCUUGAAUACGCUUUUGCACGUUAAAUCAUUUAUUCCUUUUUUUUUUUGUUGGAGACCUCUUUUUUGAUUAAUUCUGUUUAAAUGGUUAAUAUUAGGCAAUGUUAUUUAAAUGAUAAUUUAUUUAUUGCUCCAGAAUGCAUUGCAGAGUAAAUCAAUGCUGCUUAUGUGAACAGCUGCUAAUACUGUACUGUUCUCUAAGAUUAUCUCUUAAAUGCUGAUGGUUUGAAAGAUUGUUUUGUGCUCAGGUAUUUUGAUAUUGAAGUAUAUAGAUUUUUUUUUUUUUUUUUUUUUUUUGGUAGCAAUGUUUUUUUUUCAGUUUAGAAGUAUUCUUGGUCUUUGUAUUUUGUUUCUUUAAGAUAAAGGUGGGAACAGUGUUGCGCUCUCUGACUGUAAAGCACGAAAGAACUCCAGCAGUGAAGAGCAUUAUGAUCCCUUGCUCAAAUGAACUUGCACGGUUCAGUGCUCUGUACUCUCAUGCUGACGCUGCCAAACAUCUCACUGCUGUAGAAGUAAAGGAUCUGUGGAUAUCACAAAUAUGGCGUGCUUUUCUGUCUCAUGUGCUGAUGAUGGCGCUUUUUAUACUGCCCUGAAAAACCUGCAUGGCAGAAACCAAAGUUGAUUCAACAAGACAGAAGCUCUAAGUUGCUGGGGGAAAAGGGCACAAUCAAUCUUUCAAUAUUUGGCUCUAUUUAAUGCACGGUUUAUAGCCUGUUUUAACGAGCACCAACCUCCAUAGCAAAUAACGUCUGUUGAGUAUGUCGCAAUAUCUCCGUAAUAGUAAAAAGAAUGAAUAAAGUUCAUACUCUGGCAAAUUUGAAGAAAAUAUUACAUGCACCUGCUAUUUCUGGCCAACAGAUGUCACUCAGUGUAAAGCUUUGAAUGGCUGGUUAUGAGUAUAGUUUAAAACACUUUAUUUAUAGAUGCAAGAUUGUUAAUAUAUAGAUUUUCUAUAUUUUAUUGAUGGUGAUUGCUCUGAUAUGGACAGUCAAUUUAAAAAAACAGGAAACUGCCCUGGAAAUCCUGUCUUAUAGAGGUUUUAGUAGCAAUCAAGCACAUCCAGUUGACUUAUCCAUAUGAAAGGUUACACGG